GAAUUUAUCUUCCACGUUUCAGUCAUUCUAGCAGGAGAUGCAUGCUGCAGGUGUGGCACAUGGUGGGCAACAUGGUCAAGAUCAACUGGGCCAAAAACGGGACCCACACGAUCUUGCAAGUAGACAACAAUACCUGUCACUCCAAGCCAGGAACAAGAUGUUGUCGGGGGUACCAGAUAUGGACAAGGAACAGCUCAAUGUAAAGAACAGGAAAAUGAGGGUUUGUGUGGCGACGUGCAACCGUGCCGAUUACUCGAAGCUGGCGCCGGUCAUGUUCGCCCUGCGAGACGACCCUGACACAGAGCUGCAGGUGGUGGUGAUGGGCAGUCAUCUCAUCGAUGAUUAUGGCUCAACCUACCGGAUGAUUCAGCAGGAUGAGUUUGAAGUGGACGGAUACCUGCACACCAUAGUGAGGGGCGAGGAUGAGGCGUCCAUGGCGGAAUCUGUCGGACUUGCACUCGUGAAGCUCCCCGACGUGCUGGUGCGACUAAAACCCGACCUUCUCAUCGUCCACGGUGACCGUUUUGACGCCCUGUCCCUGGCCACCUGUGCUGCACUCAUGAACGUCCGAAUCCUUCACAUCGAGGGCGGGGAGGUCAGCGGGACCAUCGACGACUCCAUCCGACACUCCAUCACCAAACUGGCGCACUACCACGCCUGCUGCACCGACCGCGCCCGCCGGCGCCUCCUCUCCAUGUGCGAGGACAACGACCACAUCCUGCUGGCGGGCUGUCCGACCUACGACAAACUCCUGUCCUGUAACGUGAAGAACUACGACAACGUGCUGUCCAAGUGGGUGGGAGAGGGCGCCAAACCAAAGGACUUCAUUAUCGCCUUACAACAUCCGGUCACAACAGACAUUAAAGGAUCACUCAAAAUGUUUGACUUGAUGUUGGAUGCACUGCUGGAAUUUAAUGUGAAAACACUCGUCUUAUUCCCCAACAUUGAUGCAGGAAGCAAAGAGAUGACACGUAUGAUCCGUCUGCGAGGGCUGGAACACCAUCCAAACUUCAGCCUGGCAAAGCACAUCCCGUACGACCAGUUCAUCAUCCUCCUGGCCAACACUGGCUGUCUGAUCGGCAACAGCAGUGCCGGGAUUCGGGAGGCUGGAGCCUUCGGGACACCGGUCAUCAACCUGGGGAACAGGCAGAUCGGCAGGGAGGCUGGUGAGAAUGUGCUACAUGUGAGGGAUGCAGACACCAAGGGCAAGAUUUUACAUGCGGUCAACCUACAGUACCAGAAACAGUUUCCAUGCUCCUACAUCUACGGAGAUGGGCAUGCUGUACAGCGUAUCAUGAAGUUCAUCCAUAAGAUCAGAAACGACCUUGAGAAGCCCAUCCAGAAGUCCUUCAUCUUCCCCCCGAUGAAGGACACGGUGUCACAGGACAUCGACCACAUCCUGGAGACACAGAGCGCCCUGGCCGUGGACCUGGGAGGAACCAACCUCAGGGUCGCCAUCAUCAGUCAGCAGGGUGAGAUCCUACACAAGAUGUCAGAACUGACCCCGGUCACGUACGAGCAGCGGAUGGACCUGCUGGUGCGCAUGCUGGUGGAAGCUACGUCCAAGGCUGUGGAACUCAGCUGUCGCAUACUCGGCAUAGGUAUCAGCACAGGUGGAAGAGUCAAUCCUCAUGAAGGGAUGGUCCUGCACUCCACCAAGAUCCUAGAGGAAUGGAGCUCCAUCGACCUGCGCACCCCCAUCUCCAGCAAGUUGCACCUUCCAGUCUGGGUGGACAAUGAUGGAAACUGUGCUGCUCUGGGAGAGAAGAAGUUUGGAAAGGGGAAGGGGUCUGAGGACUUCAUCACACUGAUUGUGGGCACUGGAAUCGGAGGAGGGAUAGUCCUGAACAAUGAGCUGGUCCACGGUGCUAACUUCUGUGCAGCAGAGCUGGGACACAUCAGUGUGUCCAUGGAUGGCCCUGACUGCAUGUGUGGGAGCUCCGGCUGUGUGGAGAGUUACUCCUCAGGAAUCGCUCUUCAAAGGGAGGCCAAAAAACUGCAUGAUGCUGAUGAACUGCUUGUUCCUGGUGUGCACCUGAGGGAAGGUGAGGAGGUGACAGGCAAACAUGUCAUCCAGGCUGCACAGCUCGGCAACAAGAAGGCAGAGAAAGUUGUGGAAACAGCAUGUGAGGCCCUGGGCUUGGCUGUCUGCUCUUUGCUGCACACUGUCAACCCCUCCCACAUCAUCCUGUGUGGGCACCUGGCACCCCACUAUGUGGACGGCGUGCGUGAGGUCAUACAGAGGAGGGCUCUCCCAUCAGCUGCCAGCAGCAUACAGAUCAUGGUGUCAGACCUGGAGGAACCUGCACUACUGGGAGCAGCCAGUAUUGUGUUAGAGUACGCCACCAGGAGGAUAUAUUAGUAUUAUGGGAACCCUCUUUACUGUCCUCUUGGGAAAGAGCAAUAUUAUAAACAGAAGCUAUUAUAAACAGAAGCUAUCUCUUGGUUCUUAGUUGUCUCUUGCAUAAAAAUUAUGAUGGUCAUUGUCCCUGUGUCGAUGUAUGGGGACAAUGAUUAUUACAGUUUCUUUGUAGGUGGCAGUGGAUAUCUCAUGUGGUAGUGCUCCCAGUAUUUUAAAUUAUGUUCUUGUGUGUUAUGUUGAGUCAAGAAAUACAGAAUAUAGUACACACCAAUGUGUCAAAAGGGUUGCCACUCCUCAUCUCAAUGUCAUAAGAAAAUACAUAUUGCCACUGCCUGUGCAUCUUUUAGAUGACUGUAAAUAUGUUUUCCGUAUUUUUUAGUCGGUGACUGCUUCUCAGUACAAAAUGUGUAAAAUAUCAAUAUAUACUAUACAGAUUAUAGUCUGCAACAGAACAACAGUGCUUAUAACAAUCAGAAAGCAUGACAGCACCAUGCUUAUUGGUUUGUCCUAGGGAGAGGAUUAUUUUAAUGCAUAUCUCUACCUUUGUGUCUGUUAAUUGGAAUGCAAUGAUUACAUUUUAAUGUUUGUUAAAAAUAUGAUGAUGGUAAUGAGAUUAAUGGCUUUGUUUUAAUUGUAAAGUGUACUUAUUGAUUUUAGCUGUGUAGUGAUCAAAUCGUGUUCAGACAAAUAGAGGAUUUCAACAUGUAGGACAAAAUGAGAUUUACUUGAAAAUGAAAUUGUCUUAAGUUCCUGUAACAGGUCUUUUGUAUACUACCUAUUUACCUAGUAGGUACAAGAUGUCAUUUUAUUAGAAAACCUACAAAUUUAGAUUUUAACCAGGAAAAUGUUAAGACAUUGUCAAAAGAUUGUUUCUUCAUGUAGAGUGCCAUUUGGUCAUCCCAUUGCCGUGCACGUUGUACCUUCUGUUAAUGUAAAAGUCCUUGUAUAUUUUUUGUUCAGUGCCAAUCCUGGGACCACUGUAAGGCAUUAGUGUGGAUUGCCUUAGUUUCUCAUUUUAAAUUCAAUAUAUUUUAUUUGACAAAUACUGUAAUAUGUAUAUCAUAGAAUUGUAUGUAAAAUGUAAAUGCCCAUUACCACUUAAUAUGAGUUGCUUUCAUGUAUAUCAAAGUGUAUUUCAACCCCACACUUCCAUUUGUUUUUGACCAUUUCAUAUGGUUCAGAAACUACCAAAAGUAUAUGCAAUCUAAGUGAUACAUGUGGCCAGAUUUUCCCUCACUAUUGUAUUGCAGUUAGAAUUAGUCAAGCGGUUGCUUACAUGUAUAUCAUGGCCUGUUUAGAUGAUGGUAUUUAUUGUUUGCCUUUUGCACUAACACAGAUGAGAGAAGAAUUUGUUACUAGGGAAGAGUGUUGAAAGUUGUACGCAGCUUGCAGAUACUUACAUAGGUUCAACACUUCAUAGUACAUAGGCAGGUGCUGCUUGUUUAGAAUAUUGGAGAGAGCUUGUUUCAUUAAUGCUUACUUGGAUCAUUGUAGAAAUACAAGAUGCUGAAACUUGAG